GAGGAAGGGAGAGGAAUAGUGACGAAGGUUAAAGCAGGGAGAUGAAUGCAUCUCAGGAAAAAAAUAUGAAUGAUCUAAUUCAACGUAAAUAUUAUAAGCAUAAAUAUGAUUGACUUGUUCACCAACAGAGAAUGCUGAAAUACAUGACAGAGAAACACUGAUAAGUGUGUGCAGAGUAAACUGGGCUCACCUAACAGAGUGAUGUCCUCUCCAGGAAUGGGCACCCACAGUGACCCUCUCUUGGCCAUCCCAGGAGGGAGGUCAUCAGAGAGGCCAUUGGGUACCACUAAUGACGGCCUCUGGAGGAGCUCCAUGUCCAAGACGGCCAGCUUCCCAUCGUCUACCACGCGCCUCUUGAGUCACCGUGCCAACAACUUCCAGACCCCGAAGUGUUGGAAGCUGAUCAGACCAUCUCCGCCCCCACCGCCCAACACCCCCUGCCCUCUGGAUCAGCUGGACCUCAGUGAGCUACCCCCCCGCCGCACCUUCCCAGAGCUGCUCUUCAAUGGCUGCGUCCUGUUUGGCAUAGAGUUCAGCUAUGCCAUGGAGACGGCCUAUGUCACCCCUGUCCUGCUACAGAUGGGUCUGCCAGACCAGUUCUACAGCCUGGUGUGGUUCACCAGUCCUAUAUUGGGAUUCCUUUUCCAGCCUCUCCUGGGAGCUUGGAGUGACCGCUGUACAUCCCACUUUGGCCGGCGGAGACCGUUUAUUUUGGCCUUGGCUAUAGGAGCUCUGCUUGGUUUAACACUGGUGCUGAAUGGGCGGGACAUUGGAGCUGCAGUGGCAGACACGGCAACCAAUCACAAGUGGGGCAUCAUACUGACUAUUUGUGGAGUGGUUCUGAUGGACUUCAGUGCGGACUCGGCAGAUAACCCCAGCCAUGCCUACAUGAUGGAUGUGUGCCUGCCAGAGGACCAGGAUCGUGGCCUCAAUAUUCAUGCACUACUGGCAGGUCUGGGUGGUGGAUUCGGGUACAUCGUGGGUGGAAUUAACUGGGACCACACUGAUUUCGGGAGAUCAAUGGGAGGUCAACUUCGAGUCAUAUACAUGUUCACCAGUGUCACUUUGGUCAUUUCCACAUGCAUGACCCUCAACAGCAUCCCCGAGCGGCCCCUGCCAAAGACGCAGCUUCAGAAGGGCUCUCUGAAGAGCCCCAGCCUCCCUCUCCCCCCCUCUCCCCCAGACCCUCAGGGGGCAGGGCUGGAAUUGGAGGAGGAAGAGGAAGUGACUGGGCUCAAUAGCUACCAGUUCUCUGAACCCCACCCCUCGAACCCUGACGCCAAUGCAUGCCUCUGUGCCAGCCUCACCAGCCCCAUCUCCCCCCUCAGCCCGCUCACUCCUAAAUAUGGCAGCUUUAUCAGUCGGGACAACUCUCUCACUGGCAUUAACGAGUUUGCCUCAUCCCUGGGAACCUCCUUUAUAGACAGUGUGCUCAUCGACUGCUACACUGGACAGCCAUCGCCACAGCCCCUUGACCCAGACACUGCAGCCCGACCCCUGCCUCCAGGGGACACCCUACCUCUCCAGGGAUCUCAGCCUGGAACAGGUUCACAGUCUGGAGCAGUAGCAGUGACCCUGGCUGGGGCAAGAUCCCGGGCCGAGGCAGGGGAGGCUCAGAUGGGGGGAGGGCCACAUCGAGGUUCAUCCGCUAGUAUCUUGAAGCGCCCUCAGAGCCUUGCGCUAGUGGAGGAGCCCAUGGUGACCCAGAGUGGAGGGAUGGAAAAUGGCCGCAGAAGAACAGUGACCUUCAGUCAGCAGGUGGCAAAUAUUCUGCUGAAUGGGGUGCGCUAUGAGAGUGAUCUGAGUGAAAAUGUGGAGACAGCAGAUUCACAGAUGUCAAUGAGGAUGCUGUGUAUCGCCAUCUACAGGAUGCCUCCAUCACUGCGCAGCCUCUGCACUAACCAUUUUUUGGGUUGGCUGUCCUUUGAGGGCAUGCUGCUGUUCUACACUGACUUCAUGGGGGAGGUAGUGUUCAAGGGAGACCCCAGAGCACCCCAUGACUCUGAGGCCUACCAACGCUACAAUGCUGGGGUCAGCAUGGGCUGCUGGGGCAUGUGCAUCUAUGCAUUCAGUGCUGCCUUUUACUCAGCCAUGUUGGAGAAGCUGGAGGAACGUUUCUCCCUCCGCUCUCUCUAUUUCUUUGCCUACCUGGUGUUUGGCCUUGGCACAGGCCUUGCUACGCUCUCCACCAACAUUUAUGUGGUGCUGUCUCUCUGUAUCACCUACGGGGUGCUAUUCUCCACUCUAUGCACGCUACCUUACUCUCUGCUGUGUGAAUACUACCAGAGCCUGCAGUUCUGUGGAUCGUCAAAAGAAGGCACCAGGAGAGGAAUGGGGGUGGACAUCUCUCUGCUCAGCUGCCAGUACUUCCUGGCUCAGAUCAUAGUGUCCGUGUCGAUGGGACCUCUGACCUCACUGGUAGGCGGGGCCCAGGGAGUGAUGUACUUUUCCAGCGUGAUGUCAUUCGUGGGCUGUCUGUACUCCUCCCUCUGCGUGGUGUACCAUCUGCCCCCGACUGAGGGAAGAGAAGUUGAAACGGGUGUGAUUCGGCAUUCCAUCGGAAACUGAACAGAAAAGAAGAACAACAAAUCUGUUGUUUGGUGGCAAGAAAUAAUUCAAGAAAAUACAUGUGAACUAUGCUAUCGAUGAUGGAGCUGGACAACUUUGAGGGAAGAAUUUUGGGUUCAUUUUCACCACUAGGGCACAUGCUUUAGUGUUUAGGCUUGUUUCACCACACUAUACCCAAACUGGCUCACUGGAGUGGUCCUCUCACAUUUGGGAUAGUUAUCCAGUCUCUUCACACACCACACUUAUUCACUGUCAUUAAUUUAGAUUCUAUACAGCUGAAAUAACAACAUUUCGUCUUCCAGGUUCACCAAGCAGCCAAUGAAAACAUUGGUGAAAUCAUAAUUACUUUUCAUAUUUUAUUUAUUUAAAUCUUGGACAGGGUAAAAUAGCUUGCUUGGCAUUGCUUGCCUUGGACAUCACAAUGUAAUUGACACUUUUUAAAUAAAUUGUCACAACUCAUUCCUGCGUGAGUCACCUAUAGCUGGUGAUGGCUCAGCGGAAUGUUGAUCAGGGUCUCCCACUAAAGCCUCCCUAACAGACUGGACACAUGCCAUGAUGAUGUCAUGUGUCUGACUGGUUUCUUGUGAGGACACAGGACCUGUAUGGAGGACCAGCAUGCUGUUACAACUUGCUUCAAUUCAACAAAAUAACAUGUCUUCUGAUGGUUCUUUUUCAUCCAUAAUUCCAAUAUUAUGUUAAUGUAACAGCUACUUAACCUCAGGGUAGAGUUCAAUUAAAAUAACAAUUUUCACUUUUUGGGGUGUUUUUUAUUUUAUUUAUUAAACUCACUUUAGCAUAGAAUUUCAAGUGUCUUAUAGGUUUUCUAUCUAUGCAGAUAAUUAUGUAUAUUAUAAGUGUCCUUUAUGAUCAGUUUACUUGAAAAUGUUGGUAUUAGACUUACAGCUAUUAUGUAUUUUGCAUUCAGACAUACAGCAUUAUGUAACCACUCUUUAUAACUGGUCACUGACCCGAAAACCUACAUUCACAUAACCAUGUGAUAACAGUUCUAUCAGAGUAGUGAUUGUCACCAAUCAACCCUGCCUGGAGUCAACCCACAAUACCAGUUUGUACCACUAGGUGGAGCUGUAAACUGCAUCAUCUCAGGAGGACAGUUCAAUGGAAAAAGCCAGAUGCUAAGAUUAUGAGUCCCUCCCUCUCCCAGUAACAACGAUCAGCUUGAGAAUUACUCCUGUUCCUCAAACUAAACCAUUCAUAUUCAGUCUUAUACUAAAUGAGGUCAACUGACAUCAAUGCUUACAUGGCUAGGACAAUUUUAACAAUUUAAUAAGAUAUACUUUCAGUUCAAACACUAGUAUCACAAUUGUAAUUUGGUUAUAACACUAAAAAGCUAUUCAGCAGCUUAUUUAAGAAUGGACGUGAAAAGCUACACUGAACUAUCAGUCUAUGCAAAAUUGGUAAAAAAUUGGUAAAAAGACAAGACUGAUUUAUUUAAUCAUCAAGAACCAGAAUAUACAAAGCAGUGGUCGAAGCAACCAAAUAGCAAUCAUGAAAUAUAACUGCACAAGAAGAGACUAAGAACACCAGGGUGGGAAUGGUAUUGAUAAAGACCGUUGUAGACACCAUUUCUGAGUCACCCAGACAUAACAUAAUAACCUAAAAUGAAA